AUGAGUAACACCACGGUGCCCACUGUCCCCCAGGCCAACAGCGACUCCAUAGUGGGCUACGUGCUGGGGCCCUUCUUCCUCACCACCCUGGUCGGGGUGGUAGUGGCCGUGGUAAUGUACAUACAGAAGAAAAAGCGGGUGGACUGGCUUCGCCACCACCUGCUCCCCAGGUACAGCUAUGACCCUGCUGAAGAGCUGCACAAGGCUGAGCAAGAGCUGCUUGCUGACGUCGGAGAACUCAAGGUGGGCCAGGGCUGGCUCAGCGGCUACCAGCACAAGCGGAUGCCCUUGCUGGAUGUCAAGACCUGA